GUUUAAAUUUAGAGAUCUAACAGUAAGGACCAAUAAUCACUGACUGCUCACUGAUCACUUGUGUUUUCUGAGCGUAACCAUUAUUUCGCUGUAACGUUUUUUAAACGGACAUUGACACGCCGGCAAAUCUCAUGAUGUGAAAUCUCCAUCGGAAUCGCGGGAGUCGCGGUCGCGCGAAUAUGAAACCCUAUGUUUGUCCGCAACAAUCAUCCGACGGACGCGAGUGAAUGAAUGUCGCGAGAUCGCAACGAGAUGUCGAAUACCGCGUAUAUUACGGUUGGUUUCGAAUCCCGCUCAAGCCUGUGCUUUACUCCUACUGGCGGAGUUCCUGUUCUUGGAGGGUAAGAAUUGCAUUGAAUCUAAAAGAGAUACCAUAUGACAUAAAGCCUGUUAGUCUGGUGAAAAGUGGGGGAGAACAACAUUCCAAUGAAUUUCGUGAGAUUAAUCCAAUGGAGCAAGUCCCUGCGCUGCAUAUCGACAAUCAUACUCUGAUAGAGUCUCUAAAUAUUCUACAAUACUUGGAGGAGACUAGGCCAAAUCGCCCAUUGAUGCCAGCAGAUCCUGUCAAGAGAGCUAGAGUGAGGGAGAUUUGCGAAGUAAUUGCCAGUGGUAUACAGCCGUUGCAAAAUCUCGUUGUUCUAAUUUACGUCGGAGAGGAACGUAAAAAAGAAUGGGCACAGCAUUGGAUCACUAGAGGGUUUACAGCUGUGGAAAAAUUGUUAUCGUCCAGUGCGGGCAAAUACUGUGUCGGUGACGAGAUUACAUUAGCAGACUGUUGUCUGGUGCCACAAAUAUUCAACGCACGAAGAUUUCAUGUUGACUUGAGACCCUUUCCUACGAUUUUAAGGGUGGACCGUCAUUUGGAACACCAUCCGGCCUUUACUGCGGCUCACCCCAAUAAUCAGCCCGACUGUCCACCUGAGGCGACUAAGUAGCAAGCGAGGCAGACCACCCUUUUUCUCUUCUAAUUUUUUAGAAGGAUGAAAAGAGGUGGUCUAACAUUAUGUAGUAUCGUAGUGAUAAAAGGUGAACGAAUUUUGUCGCAUUUUUUCACAAUUUGUAUGUGUUUAAGUUUACAGCGAUUAAAAAUUUAGUUCUUAUAUCGUAAAUAAAAAUAGUAUUAAAAAGGAUAGAUAUUUCUAAAUUAAGUGAGUCUAAUUCAUCAUAAACAUUGAAAGUCUCUUUAAUUAUAUGAAUGAGUUCAAUUGUUAAAUGUAUAUAUAGAGAACUUUUAUUUUUAUACUUUCAGCUGAUAAAUUUAAGUAGUUUAACAACAAUAUAUAUUUCAAGAAAUUUAUCAACUUGACUACAGUUUCACCUUUUAUCAUUUAUGAACUACAUAUUAAUAUUGAAAUGGCUAGCGGCGACACAAAUCAAAUAUAUUGAAUAAUGAUCUUGAUUUGAACAUCCCCUGUUAUAAUACAAUGCUGCUUAUUUAGAACAAAGAACUCGCGCCAUUUCUCUACUCGCACAAGAACAAAGGAAAAGAAAUAUAUUGGCCUAUUUUAUUUUGUUACGUUUUCUACAAUUUUACAUGAUCAAUCGAAAUUUAUCUUCACGCGAUAUUUUUACAUGAUAUUUUAUAAAAAUAUAUUGACCUAUUCUGAAUAGGUUCUGUUGAAAUCAAAAGUUUAAUUUUUAUAUACGUAUAAUUUUUUAUUUUAUAUUUGCUUAUAGUAUGGUGCAUACAGAAAAAUAUGUUGCUAUUGAAUUCUAAUAAAUGCCCUGAAAUCUUUGCUGGUAUGUAGGAUAGUGACUCGUAUUUAUGUGAUACGAAGUACACGCAGAUGAAUUCAAACGUGAAGCGAUUAAAUUUGAAGGGAACCGUGUAAUAAGGGAAUGCGCUCUGCUCAAUAUCUCCCAGAAUACCAACAAAAAGUACAAAUCCUAUAUUCUUGAUUUUAAAAUAUAUUAAAUUUCUUUGUUUUAUUUGCACUUAUAUUUUGUUAUUGCUUGUAAAUAUAUCUUUUCUUUUAAUUUAAAAUGACUUAAAUUUUAUUAUGGAAGAAUUUGUGUGGAGAUUUCAAAAAUAUGUCGAUUGUAAUCGCGUAGACUUAAAUGCAUGAGGAGAAUUAUAUGAUAGAUUACUACAAUGCAUGUAUUAUGUUGAAUAUACAUGAGACCUCAAAGAAAAUCAAAGCAAUAAUUCUUCCAAUAUGUGCGUUUAGUUUUUUUGAAUUUUAUAUAUUUAAUAUUUUGACAAAGUUUAUACAAAAUAUAAGUGUAAAAGAUAUAAGUGAAACAAACAAAUUUAUUGUAUACUAUUGUUUUUCCCUUAUGAUGCUAUAGUGUUUUUUAUUACAGGAAUUAAUUUUUAGAUUUAAACAAUAUUUCAGAAAUAAGCAGAUGUAUCAAAAGAUGUAUACCCUUUUUUAAGCGAAAAGCUAACUGUAGUUAGAUAAUCUGUGAUUUGUGUUAUGCAGACUGAAAUUGUUUCAGUCGUUGCUACAAAGAUUAGAAUGUGCCAUUGAUAUACCGUUUUAUAGUACAAUCGCGAACGAUUUCAAAUGCAAACGAGAAAUGUGUAUUUGCGCAAACAGAAUUAAAGUAUAUAUUUAUGCUCUUACGAAAUUUUCCAGUUCGAGCACAAGCAGAGAUACCGAUAUUUUUCACAAAUCUUUUUAUAGGAUCGCUCAUUGUAAAACCAUUGUUAUACAUAGUUUUCGUAUGUUCUUCGGAAAAUUUUAUACGCGAGCGUACGUUCGUCAAAAGUUAAAUCAAAUCAUGUAGAUAUCGAACACGACUGAUCUAAAAACGGUGAUCGAGUUUCACUUGGCAUUCUUCCUUAUUGCCGCGUUAUCCUUCUCGUCCUCGUUUUAUAAACAGUCACGAUUGCAUUUGCAUACUCGGAAUUUCAUAACAUCUCGACGACUUCUCGUAUAUCGCGCACGUUGUGAAUUGCCUUUUUGAGACUUCGAUGAGUACUUCUUCCAUGUAGCCUCCAGCCUUCGCAAUUAUUUUUCUAUAGGAGAUAUAGUAUCAUAUAACGAAGGUAUAACAAUUUUGUGCGCUUUCUGACGGAGGAGAUUUAAGGAUUAAAUAUGUAAGAUCGCAAUUUGAAAUUAUCGUCCUACGUAUAGUAUACUUCAGGACAGGUAAAAGCAUACAUUCCGUGUCUAUACAUUUACAUAUAGACGUAUAUUAUAAUCGACCGAGUGAUUAGAUAAUGUGUAUAUAAUCUUUGUACGAAGCAACUUUCAUUUCUACUCUAUAAAUAUUCGCAGUAUCAAUAGACGUAUUUUCCGAUAGAAAUUUUCAGUAAAAAUUGCGUAUUUAUUUCAUUUGGAUAACAGCGAUAAUUAAGGCUGUAUGAUUUAACUUUUGCAAAAAACUGCGAGCGAAGUCUGUCUGCGCCGACCUCAAACGUAUUUAAUGAAUGGGACCUCUCGCAUUUUUAAAUAUAAUCUUGCGUUCUCAUAAUUUUGUCUCGCAUUCUUUCGUAUGAUUUACAGAAAUUCAUACAAGCGAUAAACAGUCAUGUAAAAGUGGAAAUUGAUUUAUUGAAAACGAGCUGUGUUAUUGUAGUUAUCGGUAGCUUUUAUAUAAUAUUAGAUAUCUAACUUCGGAAUUUACAAUUCCGUAAAGUACAGUUGAUUUAUAAGUAAACAAAAAAUAAAAUUUUGUCAUCUAGUUGCAGUCCCGAGGCUUGAUUCAUGAGAAAGCAGUUAUAAUUUAUUAGUCUAUAUUAUGGCACUGUUUAAUUCACAAGAGUUUUUGUCUAUUAUUUAGAUGAGGGAACUACUUGUGAUAUUUUAAUAUUAGCGGCAAAUCUUGUAUCUUACAUUUUUAUGCAAAAUGAAAGACCAAUUUGCUUUUACGCUUUCUUACCCCAUAUUCACGCUUUGUAGUUUGUUUAAAUAGAUCUACAGAGAACUUUAUUUAUAUACUUGUAUCGAGAUUUUUUGAAUUCAAUAAUUCAUUUUUGUUCCUAGUUACAAAUAAGACUACUUGCUUCCCUUGAGCCUCCGCAACAUUGUAGAAACUCCUUGCUGCGUAUAGAUCUUUCUAUUCUCUCGUUUCUGAUAAACUGGCUUGUCAUCUACAUGCAUGAAAGAUUUAAAGCGACACGCAUGUUCUGUAGGUAGAAAAAAAAUACAAAACGGAUAAGAUUGGGGUAAAACCGAUUUGCGCGUAUCAAGUUCGAUACAACGAUAUAAUUGUACUACACAAAAUAGAAAUCACUUGUCAUGACGAUCCUAGAUUGUUGGACAAUGCGUGAAAUAUUCGUGAAAAGACAAGCGUGAAAUCGUUUAAGCGAGAGAGAGAGAGAAUGUGUGUGUGUGUGUGUGUGUGUGUGUGUGUGUGUGUGUGUGUGUGUGUGUGUGUGUGUGUGUGUGUGUGUGUGUUUGUACAUUAUAGCGCCUGGACACAUCAAUCUUGUGAAACAGUACGGGGCGCAUGGAUAUUUUGUAAGCGAGAGAGUAAAUAAAAAGGAAAAAUGAUCGCGCUAUGUAUGUUUACACCGCUUAUAUAUAGCGAAUAAAAAAAUCUGUGUCAAUAGUGUAUGUAUAAGUACUUGGUAGUAGAGUCGCGAAUGAGAAAAAAAUAUCAAAACAGUAAGUGCAUUCGUAAUUGUACACUUAUUACUCGAAUAAAGAGCUACGUUUUGUCCGUA